GUUUUCAAUUUCGAUAUAUGAAUCGAACAAAAAAAUCAAAAGUAUUGAAGCAAAACUAAUUGAAUUCUGUAAAAACCGGAAAGUUUCUAAAUCUAUAGAAUCAAAAACAGAAAAAUCUAAACCGAAACUUUAAACUCUAAAUUUUAAACUCUAAACUCUAAACCAGACAUAGUGGGUCUAGGUAAAUACAAGAAAAAGCAACAGAGGAUCAGAUGCCUGCGACAGAAAUGACAUCUAACUCUUGAAGUGAUUACAUUAACAAAGAUUGUUUGAACUCGUGAGUUUUUUUUUUUUUUUUGGUAAAAUAACUCGUGAGUUGUGUGGUUCUUCAACUUCGUUUACUUGUUUCUUUCCGUGGGGAAGACAGGAGGAUAGUUGAUAGGCUGUAUCUAUGGUUUCAUCUCAAAGACUAUAUCUCUCGCGAAUCGUUACAAGGAAAUCUCACUCUUUGGCAAGUGCCCUUGUUACCAAAUCACAAGAGUCGGUCCCCAAGUCAGUUGGAUUCUCGGAUUCGGGUUCGACCUGUGAGGCACACCAACUGUUCGACGAAAUUCGAGACUUGAAUGUCAUUUCUGGUACAGCCGUGAUUGGCCGCUUUGUGAAACAAAACAGGCAUGUAGAGGCAAUCCAUGCUUUCAAAAGGUUGCUGUAUCUGGGAAUCAGACCAAACGAGUUCACCUUCGGCACCGUCAUUGGGUCCUCUUCAUCUUCGAGAGAUGUCAAAUUAGGCAAGCAGCUACAUGGUUUUGCGUUAAAAAUUGGACUUGCGUCGAAUGUGUUUGUGGGCAGUGCGGUUUUGAACUGUUACGUGAAGCUGAGCACGUUGAUGGAUGCUCGUAGAAGCUUUGAUGAUACUAGAGAUCCAAACGUUAUUUCUUUUACCAAUUUGAUAAGUGGGUACCUAAAGAAACAUGAAUUUGAGGAAGCCCUUUCCUUGUUUAGAACAAUGCCAGAGAGAAGUGUUGUUACUUGGAACGCAGUGAUUGGUGGGUUUAGUCAGACGGGACGGAAUGAAGAAGCUGUGCGUACUUUUGUGGAUAUGUUAAGGGAAGGUGUGGUGAUGCCUAAUGAAUCAACCUUCCCUUGUACGAUAACAGCCAUAUCCAAUAUAGCUUCUCAUGGUGGUGGUAAAAGUAUCCACGCCUGUGCUAUCAAGUUCUUGGGUCAGCAAUAUAAUGUCUUUGUUUGGAAUUCUCUCAUUAGUUUUUACUCCAAGUGUGGAAACAUGGAGGAUAGUGUUUUGGCUUUCAACAAGCUCCAUGAACAAGAAAGGAACAUCGUCUCUUGGAACUCUAUGAUAUGGGGUUAUGCGCACAACGGAAGAGGAGAAGAAGCUAUAGCCAUGUUUGAAAAGAUGAUCAAAGACACAAACCUGAAACCAAACAGUGUGACACUUCUUGGAGUGUUAUUUGCGUGUAACCACAGGGGCCUAAUCCAUGAAGGGUACUCAUAUUUCAACAAAGCAGUGAAUGAUUAUGAUAAUCCAAACCUGCUACAACCUGAGCACUAUGCAUGUAUGGUGGAUAUGCUCUCUAGGUCAGGUCAUUUCGAAGAAGCAGAGAAGCUUAUUAAAAGUCUGCCUCUUGAUCCGGGAAUCGGGUUUUGGAAAGCAUUGCUUGGGGGAUGCAAGAUUCACUCAAACAAGCGUUUGGCUGAAUUAGCGGCGUCGAAGAUCUUAGAGAUGGAACCCAGAGAUGUUUCGUCAUACGUUAUGCUUUCAAAUGCUUACUCUGCUGUGGAGAAGUGGCAGAAUGUGUCGGAGAUACGGAGGAAGAUUAAGGAAACGGGUUUCAAGCGUAUCUCGGGAUGUAGUUGGAUUGAAGUUAGAGGCCAAGGUUGUGUCUUUGUCAAUGCUGACAAAAGCAACAAACAGAAGGAUGAAGUCUAUAGGGUGUUGUCACUUAUUACGCAACAUCUUAUAGAAGACUUGUGAAGACUUCAAAAAGUCAACUGUCUAAUGUUUAAUGUAACAUAGAAUAACAAUCCCUUUAGGACUCCUACCCCAAUCUCGCAUUGUUGUGUUAGAAUUGCAGCAAUUAAACAAUAUCAAACGACACCGCCA